AUGGCAGCGAGGGCGGCGUCGAUGCUCGGCGCAGCGGCGCUCGUCGUCGCGGCGAUCCUGGCCUCGGCGCAGUCGACGGCGGGCGGGUGCAUGCAGACGCUGAUCGACAUGUCGCCGUGCCACAACUACAUCACGGGGAACGAGACCACGCCGCCCAAGUCGUGCUGCUCGCAGCUCGCCAUCGUCGUCAGCUCCAAGCCGGAGUGCCUCUGCCUCGCGCUCGGGCUCGGGCUCGGCAACGUCAACAAGACACGCGCCCACGGCCUCCCCGACAAGUGCGGCAUCCCGCUCAGCAUCACCAGUGUAAGACAAUAA